ACUAGUGUCUGUUCAGUAACCUAUACAAAAUAGGGUGGGAUUACAUGCUUAGCAGACUUUACUUGCAUGGCUUCUAUAAGCCUCUGGAGCGGCCUUUAUGCCUUGUUUGUUUAUGGCUGAUAUAUAAACGACAUGGAGCAGUGAUAACUGGGAGGCUGGUGUCCAUCGUUUUGAAUCAUCCAUGGUGUCCCACACUCCCUCCUCCUGCAGAAGGCAGUCCGCAUGGCUCCGCCUCGGUCCUUUUGUCUUCUGGUAAUGUGUAGCACGACUGGGAGAGAUACUGCAUUUUCCGUAGGGGGGUCAGGGAGUUCAGCGCCAUUUGGGGAGAAAAAAAAACUCAGCUUCCGUUAGACUGUAACUUUGCCAUUAAUCCAGCUCCCAGUGCCACACUCAUCGGUACACACGAGUUAAUCAUUUACUAGCUCAUACCCCUCUCCAUCACACUGCUUAUUGCUGGAAGUCAGAGGAGAUGUUGCCUCCAUCAUGAAUAUGGCAAAACAGUGAGAGGAGAACAAAGGCUGUGUGGGACUUCAUGUAUCACUACAUUCGACCACAUGCAUUGAAGGGAGCACAAGAUGAGAAAGAGGAGGCACAGAGAGAAAGAGGGGGAGGGGAAGAAAGAGGAACUCAUGAGGUGAAGAGGAUGGAAGAAGUCUAAGUAAGCAAGGAGAAAACAUGAGCAGAAAUGCAUUCAUAGAUCAGGAGAAGAAAGAGAGAGGAGAAACAAACAAGACAACUAAGAUGAGAACGAGACUAGAGAUGAUGCUGCUAAGAACUGACAAGAUGUUGCCUGCAAAAGAGGGAGGGGGUGAAAAGAAGGAGAGAGAGAGAGGAGACACAUACACACACAGAGAGAGAAAAUGCAUGGGAGGGGUCCUGUGCCACAAGUGCUGCUGGUAUGUCUGCCUACAUCCUUGUUUUCCUGGAAAUCCUAGCCCAUGCACACUGAAUGUUCAGUGAUGUGCAGGGAUCUACCCUUUGGGCCUACCAGCUGGGGGAUGGCUUUGGGAAGGGGCCAGAAAAAUAAGGUUGUAGGCAAAUUUAAAAUCCUUGAUUUUAAGAUUACACAUGAUACUACAAGAUCUGAUUGUUGCCUGCGUUCGCACCAUGCAGUGCCAUUAUGAUUGUGAUGGAUCAAAAUAAAUGUUUAUAUUGAAGAUUUUCCCUCCUUUUAAACAUCACCAAUGAGUCAAUCUCAUCAGUGACAAUCACGUCAAAAUGAGUGAUAAUUAAGAGCAAAAUUGCAAGUUGUUUAGUUCCAGUCUUUUCGCGCAUACAUUAGUAAAGGUCUGGAGGACCUCAGCACCGCAAUGCACAGCUGACAGAUUCAUCCGCGCGUACAGUGGGAAGUAGUCCGGCCUGUUAGAGCAUACUGCGAGUGCAGCGCAGGUGAACUGGGUUCAAGUCUAUUGUGCGAGUCUGAAUACACCAACACACCACCUACAUUAAACAAAUCCGUCCAUUUACGAAGACAAACAAUUGUCUUAAUUACGCCUUCGGGGGAAGAAUUACGCCUUCUUUCCUUUUUCGCAUUCUUGUAUCUCGAGCUAAACACACGCCAGUUAAAUGAGCGAAAUAGUAAAUAAAAAAGAGAAUAAUACUACAAUAUGGACACUGCUUUGGAGACUGACCUCGAUGUGCUUUAAAUGUUUGUGCCGGUAUAUGGAACUACAUAACUGACAUCGAAGUUAGUUGGGGAGAGGCGAGGAAGGCGGAAGGUUUGUAUGGUUGAGUGGGGUGUGGUGUGGCUCCCCCCCCCGCCCUCGGCACAUACACACACGGAGAGGAUCUCCAUGCAGUCGAUACCGUUGGACGAGAGAGAAGGGGAAAGGGAGAGAGAGAGAGAGAGAAAGAAAGAGAGACUCGAGUGAAUAUUAAUCAAGGAUUUAACUAGUAGUUUGGUUUAUUAAUAUCCAGUGCGUGCUCUGUAGUGCGUUGUUAGACGACCAGUCCAUCGCUGAUUAAGUUUCAGCAGCAGAGAGAGCAAGCUAUCCAGGUGUGAAACUGCUUUCCCGGUCGGCAACUAACACAAAUGUUGAACGACAGCUACUAAGCUACCAACUGAAGCUGGAGGACCUAAAGCGUGGUUUUACACAAAAGAAUCCCGACUUGAGAGACGAACAGGGCCAAAAGUGAGGCGAGACAAAAGAAAGUUUAGGCUUGGCCCAUUUUUUUGCUCAGGAGUGUAGACACCCAUCCGAAGCUCAAGAUCGAUCCUGGAGCGGAGAGGCACCAUGCCUUCAGUGAUGGAGCGCUCAGGAGCUGGAGUUCUGUCCCGCAGCAGGGCGAAAACAGCAACCAAUGGCCACAGUCAACACACUGAUGAGGAGAGCAGUGAUGAAGAACAUUCACAUGACAGCAUGAUUCGUGUGGGUGCAGACUACCAGGCACAGAUCCCAGAGUACAAGCCAGAGCCUGAGUCUGACUACAGUGAGAAAGACCAGCGAAGCAUGCUUGUGUGGUCACCCAACAGCCAAGUGUCUGAUGCAAUGUUGGAUGAAUACAUCUUAAUGGCGAAAGAGAAGCAUGGAUAUAAUAUGGAACAGUCUUUGGGCAUGCUGCUCUGGCACAAGCAUGAUGUGGAGAAGUCUCUGGCUGACCUAGCCAACUUCACUCCCUUUCCCGAUGAGUGGACAGUGGAGGACAAGGUGCUGUUUGAGCAGGCGUUCAGCUUCCACGGCAAGAGUUUCCAUCGCAUCCAACAGAUGCUGCCAGAUAAGUUGAUCUCCACUCUGGUAAGGUACUACUACUCCUGGAAGAAGACUCGGACUCGCACCAGUGUCAUGGACCGACAGGCCCGCAAACUUAUUAGCAAGAGGGAGAAGGAUGACAGUAAUGACGAGCUGGAAGAAGGAGACCCAGGAAGUGACAGUGACUUUGAGAUCCACACAAAGAAAGAGCCCAAGCUGAGCUCUGGUGCUGGAGGAGGCAGUGAGAGGAGCUCUGGGAGGUUAGGACCGACACGCAAAGAGAACCAGGGGGCUCAGUAUCGGCACCAUCCACUGAGGGCACGCCGCAGGCCUCCAAAGGGCAUGCACCUGGAUCAGGAUGACAUCGUCUCCCUGUCUGCUUCCACUGAGUCAGGAACCAUCUCCAACCGUCAGCUUGACACUCAGCUUGUCUCUCUCAAGAGACAGGUUCAAAGUAUCAAGCAAGCAAACAGUGUCCUCAAAAGGAGUUUGGCAGAUGGUGUUGAGACCAUGAGACCAAUUGAGCCCACUCUUAAGAUUAACUCCCGCUGGACCACAGAGGAACAGCUCCUGGCUGUACAGGCUAUCAGACGAUACGGUAAAGACUUUGCCACCAUAGCUGACGUGAUUGGGAACAAGACCGCGGGUCAGGUGAGCUCGUUCUUCAUUAGCUACCGACGCCGCUUCAAUCUGGAGGAAGUGCUGCGAGAAUGGCAGGCAGAACAGGAAGUGCUGCGGGGGAACAGCGAGACCAUGAAGGACCUGAACGGGACAGCAGGAGUGGAAGAGGAUGAGACUAAGAGGGAUAGUGUGUCCCCUGCAGACUCUGGCAGUCCAAUGCCUUCCUCUGAAGUAGCCAGUAACUCCAGCCAGUCUUCUCCACCGCUUACCCAACCCCCACCCUUACUACGCCCGACUCCCCCCAGCGCACCCCCAAGCCUGUUGCGCCAGCCUCCUCCUCUUCAAACGCGCCCCCUCCAGACCCGAACGCCCCACAACCACCCUCCACCUCCACUCAUCCGCCCCGCAGUGGCCUCAUCCCACCACCAGAGCGGCUUGAGGAACUCCAUUGGUUCCUCUGCGGCGUCCGGUGCACAGCUGCCUCCUUCGCUGAUGGGGCUCAAAGUGGAAUCACCACACUCGCACUGAUUUACACAAGCUGCUGGGGUUGGCCUCUGGCACUGAUCUUAAACCAGUUCCAGCUUUGUUCGAGAUUAGGAUUUUAAUGGGAACUGGUUCCAGAUCAGCACAAUUUCUAGAACACUGAUAGGAAGAGCAGGUACUGUCCAGGUGGCAAGGGGAUUCAAAAUACACAUAUUACUGCAGCUGUUCAGGCACACAGGAUGAGUCAGGGAUUGUGAUAUAGUGUUAGACAGGUGAAAUGAGUCAGCAGUAGGUUUGACAUCACUCAGAACAUCCCCACUAAACACCAACACUCGUACGGGCAAACAUCUCCUGUCGUCACUCAUCUAAUACAGAAAUAACCUGAGUGCAGACUUGCCAAAUUCAGGCCACACACAGCUAGUGGGCCUCAACUUUAAUGAUAUACCUCAGAGGAGGCCACAGAACCAACCCACAACCACACAGUUCAGCAUGAUCAAUUACAGAAAUGACCUUUGACAGAAAAUAUUGUUAGUACUUGAACCAAAAUUUCUCAGUGGAGAAAAGAGCCUUUAGAUGUUAUACACUGGAUUUUAAUGAAAUUCCUUGACAACUGAAUCACAGGUUUCCCCAUUUCCAUGGCAACAGCAGAACAUGUCCAACUAUGUUACACAGAAGACACCACAUGACGUUCGUGAGUGUAAACUGGGAAAAGGUGUUCUUUCUUUUCCAUUAAAGAGCCAUGUAUUACUAGAACUGAGCUUAGUGAAGCGGUUUUUAUUUCAGUUACCGAGUCCCUGAAAAAUUAGUAGAUAGUAGUUAUGUAGAAGUGGUUAACAUUAAAAGCACUAAAUGACCCAACAUACUUGACUUUUUUUUUUUUCUUGCACAAACACGGAAGUGCACUGAUUCUUCAGUCAGCUAUCUUGCUCUUGAAGGCGAAAUGUGUAAGAUGUUACAACAUUAAAGUUCAUAGUUUGUGCCAGUGGAGUUUUCCAUUUCCACCAAAACUUUGUAUAUGAGAAAUGUUUACAGAUGAACUUGGAUAUGGUUUUUUUUUUUUGUUUUGUUCCUUUGUAGAAUAAAGUGAAAUUAUCAAAAUGGAC